AUGGCGAACACAUACAAGCUCCAGCUGGCUACGCGCAGGGACAAGGCAGGGAACCGCGCCGCAUCCACCGUCAUCCCUGCACCGCAUCAACUCUGGGUGAGCACAGUCUGGGAUCUGGAUUUCACAGAGACUGAGCCUCUGGAUUCCAGGAUUGAAGAGGGCAUCACGGAAGAGGGCUCCGAUGCUUUCACGUGGCUGUACCAGUCUCUGUCACCUUUCACUGCGGAGGACCAUGAGAAUAGAAAGAGCAUCUGGACCGUGUUUGCUGAAAACAGCCUCUCUCCGAACGCCCUCGUGGCUGUGUUGCACCACUUCGUCCACGCGGGCCAGGAUAAAAGAGCUAGUGCCCAGCAGCGCGUUUGUGCUCUGCAGGCUGCCAGCUUGUACUUCCUACUGCUUGAAAUCCCAGGUAGUGUAGCUAACCAGAUGUUCCACCAAGUGAUGUUUGAUAAAUGUCUUCAAACGCUGGUAAAAAGCUGGCCUCAAGAACCAAAUCUGAGGAAAAGGAAAAAGGCUGAUGCUCAAAGCUCUCAAGCCAAUGCAAGAAGAAACAGAAAGAAAGGGAAGCCAAGCAGAAAGGAGAACUCCAAUAUGGAAGGGAUCUUUGGAGAGGACGAAGAAGAGGAGGAGGAAGAUGCAGAGGUUUACUUUUCAAGUCAAGAUUGUCUUCAAAUUCGUGAAUCAGUCUUCCUUCUUCUGAAAAACUUUUUGAGACUUCUACCAAAGUUCUCCCUGAAAGAAAAGCCUCAGUGUGUGCAGAACUGCCUCCAGAUCUUUGUGGAGAUGACAAGCUUUGAGCCAGUGGCACGCGAGUUCGAGUGUUCAGCAACUAUGAGUGUUAAUCAAGCAAAGUACAUCCCGGAGCUGGCCUAUUACGGACUGCGAUUACUGUGUUCCCCUCUGCAUAGUACAGAAGAUAAGAUCCUUCGUCGUGUCUUCCAGCGACUCCUCAAUGUCGUUCUUAUGUUGGAAGGUGGUGGAGGUUCCCGACGUGCUGUCCUUACAAUCACAUCCUCAGUGAUGAGUGCUAGGAAUCAAGCUAUAAAAUUCAUCAGUUCUGUAGUAGAAGAGCUGAAAGAAGUGGCUUUUCCUGUGCUUCGAAUAUUACUGCAACACAUUUGUACCAAGGUCCCAGAUAAGGCUGAGUAUCGCACACAUGCUGCACAGGCCUUGGUGAAUUUGCUGAAUAAACUCCCUUGUAUAGAGUUUGCUGACUUCAUUGCUUGGCUUUAUAAAUACUCACACAAUGCCAAAACUUCCUACAGAGUGUUUGCCCUUGAUGUAGCUUUGGCUUUGUUGGAUGUGCCGGAGAGGAACUCGGAUAGCUCCUUGUCCCUGGAGCAGCAGAGGUUUCUAAAGCAUAAGUUUUUAGUUCAGGUCAUGGUAUUUGGUCGGUGUUGCGACAAAGCGCCCGCAGUUCGUAGCAAAGCUUUAAGCAGUUUUGCACACUGUCUGGAAAUGACAUCUUCUACUACCUUGGAGAGUAUAAAAGACUUGCUACAGAAAUCCUCUGACCACACAGACUUGGAAGCAAAUCCAAACACAGCGAGUUUGAUGGUUGAUGCAGAAGUUCUGUCCAGCCAUCCACUGAAGACCUUAGCAACUUUCAAAACCAUUGAGUUGACAGACAGCAACGAUAGUGCUGUGCUUAAUGGAAGAGAGAUCAUGGCCAUGCUGAGACUGAGAGCAGGGGAUGAGAAGACCAAUGUGAGGAAAUCCGCUCUGCAGGUUUUUAUGAGCAUCCUGAAAAACAACGUGAUUCCCUGUGCUCCAGAAGACUUGUCCACUCUUCAAGAUCGGUGCCGGGACCCUGCUAUCACCGUACGGAAACAGGCCUUGCAGUCUAUAACAGAGCUGCUUAUGUCUCAGCACCAUAAUGUUCUGGUGCAGAAGGCCUGGUUGUGCGGAGUGGUGCCUGUUGUGAUGGACACUGAAAGUUCGGUCCAAGAAAAGGCCUUGGAUUGUCUGGAUCAGCUCUUGUUGCAGCAUAUAAAGCAUUACAAUAAAUUCCGAAGUGAUGAUGAAAAGCAGGCUCUGGCGUGGGAGCUCCUUACCCUCUUGACUUCAGAAAGCCAGGAGCUGUGCCGUUAUUUGAACAAAGCUUUCCACGUUUGGUCCCAGCAGAAUAAAUUCUCCUCCACCUUUGUCAAUAACGUCAUGUCCCACGUAGAAACAGACCAUGCUGCACCAGCUUGGAUGCUGCUCGCCAAGGUGGCCAGUUCUUCACCCAAACUGGAUUAUUCCAAGAUCAUUGAAGCCUGGAACAGUACCAGCAGGCAGCAGAACACAAGUGCUGAUACUACUGGACAUAUCCUGUGUGUCAUCGGUCAUGUUGCAAAGCACCUCCCUAGGAGCACCUGUGAGAGACUGAUCGAUGAUAUCAAGUGCUGGCUGCGGGAGUUUCAGUGUCCCCUGGAGGUGAUUAGCCCAGCUGUAGAAGCUCUGCAGAAGCUCUGCCAUGCGUAUGCAGAUGUCCCAGAGGAGGCACAGGAGCUGCUCAACCAGGUGUUUGGAGACAUAGUAUCUGCUUGUGAAAGCUAUAUCUCAAAUAUAGUCCUCAGGAAGGAUGGAGCAGAGCAGCUACAAGAGGAUCUCCUGGUGAAACAUCUCUUCAUCUUGGGUGAGGCUGCGCAGCUGUGUCCAGCCAAGGUUGAGAAACGCAUCUUUCUUUUGAUUCAGUCCAUUCUGGCUUCCUCUAUCAACGUGGACCAGCUGUCUAGUGCUCUAAAUGGUGAGGAAAUUCCAGCUUCUCAGCCGUUGUCCCAGUUCAGAGGAUCGACCAUGCCUCCGGUGGCCAGAGCUCACGCGUUCAUUACUCUGGGUAAAUUGUGUUUACAGCAUGAGGACCUGGCAAAGAAAUGCAUUGCAGCUCUGGCUCGAGAGCUGGAGGUGUCAGAUGAUGUGGCCAUUCGCAACAACGUGGUCAUUGUCAUGUGCGACCUGUGUGUCCGCUACACCACCAUGGUGGACAGAUACAUUCCCAACAUUUCCAUGUGUCUGAAAGACCCCAGUCCCUUCAUCCGUAAGCAGACGCUGAUCCUGCUUACCAACCUGCUGCAGGAGGAGUUUGUGAAAUGGAAAGACUGUCUGUUCUUCCAGUUCGUCAGUGUCUUGGUGGAUCCAAAUCCAGAUAUUGCCAGGUUUGGGGAAUUCUGCCUGGUGCAUCUCUUGCUGAAGAGAAAUCCAGUGAUGUUCUCGCAGCACUUCAUUGAGUGCAUCUUCCACUUCAACAGCUACGAGAAGCACGAGAAGUACAACAGGUUCCCCCAGAGUGAACGGGUGAAGAAUCUCUUUUCUUUGAAGGGAAAAGAUAACAAAGGAAAAAGGAUGCAUAUCUACAAGUUCCUGCUAGACCACUUCACAGAUGAGCAGAGGUUCAGCAUUACAACAAAGAUUAGCCACAGUGUUCUAGCCUGCUUUGUGGAUAAUGUACUUCCACUGGACCUGGAAGCUAGUGAAUUGCUGUCGGAUACAUUUGCCAUCCUUAGCUGCAAAGAAAUCAAGUUAUCCGCUAUGAGAUCGAAACCCGAAGAGGACGUGCAGCCUGACGAAGAUGAAAUGGCAAUGGCUAAUGCGGUUAUGCAGGCAGCACAAAAAAAGCUCAUCUCACAGGUUCAAAAGAAAAACUUCAUAGAAAACAUCAUCCCAAUAAUCAGUUCGCUGAAGUCUCUGAUGGAACAGAAGAGAAUUCCAGCUCUCAGGGACCUCAUGAACUACCUACGGGAAAUGAUGCAAGAUUACCGAAAUGAAAUCAAAGACUUCUUUGCUGUGGACAAGCAGCUGGCAGCUGAGCUAGAGUAUGACAUGAAGAAAUAUGAAGAGCAACUGGCAAGGGAGAAGGAAUCUGACCAAGACAAGGUCAAGACAGCACAGACAGAGGUGGUUGUUGCCAUUUGCUCUCUACACGUCCUGUCUCCUCUACUAAAAUUUAUGCUGCAGAUAAUUCCCAGGGCUUGUAUGUCUCCACCUCCGUCUUUGGAGACAGCUGUACCUUCCAGCGGCUGGAAUAACGAUGCCGAGUCUCCUGCUACUCGCAGGCAGUCCUUGCCGGGAGGAUUGCAUCUCUCCUCUGCCUCUUCUGACUUUCCUAUACCUCAAGGUGAUGCUGUGAAACUGCCACCAAUUAGUCACAGAAAGAAAUCUCUUCUGUGCUUCUCUGGUGUCUUCUUGUCCUGUAGACCAGCGUCCUUGAGCACGUUUGCCAUCCUGAAUUCGGCCAAGAAAGCGAUGGAGGCCAGAGGCAAGCAACGCAGCAAGAGUGUUGGAGGAGCUUUGUCAGCUGUAGCUUUUCCAUCGAGCACAAUUGGCAGCAAGCAAGGAUCCCUUCAAAGCCUGAAUCAACAGUCUGUUGGAGCGAACGUUUCUGUAGCGGGCCGUGCAAUCAGUACCCCAGAAGAGACCAUUAAUGACUUGACUUUUGGUGCUGGGGUCAGUUACAUCAGCUUGAUGCACACGCCAGGUUCGGCUACAGAGAAGAAAGAGGCUGAGGACCAGCCAAGAGAUAUUAUCUGUUUGACAUCGCCGGAGAAACCACCAUUUUUGCCACGGGAGUGGAAAAUAGAAUCUCCAGCCGUGAAAAAAAACAAGCAACGUGUCCCACUGAGGCGGUCCCAGCGGAGAACUCCUCUGAAACCAGACAACCAGUCCUUUCAUUGAACUCCUGUACAGAUCCUUCAUCAUGUUGUCUCUUUCCUCUGUAAUUAUAAAUCACUGUGGACAUAUGUCC